AAAAAACCCACAAAAAAAAAAGGCAUCACGUCAUUUCUCUACAACUACACAAACUCUAUAAACCAUCUAUACAUUUUUCGUCUUCUAUUGUAAAACAAAAACAGAUAAAAUGAAAACAAAGCAAAUCAAAAUGAUGUUCUUCGUACUAAUAGUAGUUUCAGCUUUGAUUUUCCGACCAUCCGAAGCUCAGAUGAAGAUCCAAUCGUGGAUAUGUUCAAGUGAACAGAUAGCACCGAUAGUAAACGUGAGUGGAUGUUUCGAUGCGUUGAAAUUAGCGUUAGGGUCGGAGAAAUUUGUCAGAUUGCUAUCAAAAGACUGUUGCAAUGCAGUGAAUAUACUUCCUCACUGCCUUUUGAUUGUAUCUCCCGGCGUAGAGUACAAUACUAUUGUAUUGAGAGACUUAUGUUCUCAGUAGUUUUCAAUGAAACAAAUAUCAUGUAAUGAAAAAAUACAAAUAUUUUGAAUUUUUUUUUAAGUUUUAAUUAUUUAAUAUAAACAAUUGGAAUC